AUGACGCUGUGCAGUUCGUUCCAGUUAGCUAGAAUUGCAGCUCUGACCUCCAGAACUAAAAGUGUUGAUGGAGAUUCGAGUCCAGAAGAUCCACUGCCAUGGCCAGACGAUAUAGUUCUCUACUUACCGACAAACAGCCAAUUAACUGCCGAUUACCUAGCCAGAAGUCUAUCAGUGAUUUCAAUAUUCAAGCUGUGCAAUUUGAACUUCAAAAUAGAGAGAGCUAUAAAUGCAGAAUUUUUAGGACCGGAUAAACUGUGGCCAGUUGUUAGAAGCGGAGACAAAAUGGCUACUGGGUUUGAAACAAUUCUGCAGUACGUGAGGUUAAUGGGCUAUUUGCCUAGUUCAAAAUUAGCCCAGCUUGAACAGGCUGAAAUUAUUACAUUCUUAGUGUAUAUCGAUUCGACUUUUCACUCCGCCGAAAAAUUCUUCUGCUGGUGCUUAGAAAAUGAGUUCGAAUCCCGAACGAAACCAGGACAUUUUUCAUUCCACUGGAAACCUCUUAGUUUUGUGCUUCCCUUUAUGAAAAGAUGGGAAAUAAAAAGUAAUCUGAAAGUACUGGGCUAUCCUGCUAAUGAUUUGGGCAAAGAACGAAUUUUGAGCGAAUUGACUACCCUGUGUAUAGCCGUUUCAUCUAAAUUGGAGCAAAACGAGAAAAAUGGAGUCGGAUUUCUAUUCGGGUCUAAAAUAACAGAAGUGGACGCUGUGUUUGCAAGUCACAUUGAGGCGCUAGAACAAUUGUAUGAAUCUUUUCCAGUUUUGAAAAAACUGUUCACGCAAGACUAUCCCAGAUUCGACGAGCACUCUAAGAUGUGCAUGGAACACCUUGCAAAUCCCAAAGCUUUGAUAUUUUCUGAUUGA